AUGGCGAACAUCCCCCUGGCCCACGCCUCCCCAGGUCUCGGAGUCUCUGUUGGGCGCGGUCAUCUGCGUGUCCUGUUGGGCUCUGGCGCCAUGGAGGGGCUCAUUCCAGUCCUGUGGGCCUUGCUGGUGUCUGCGGAGUUUGCUGGCGGCAAGAAAGAGCCAGGUAGGGGCGGGCGUGGGGGGCGCGGGGGGCGCAGGUCUCGCAGGCCGCGUGGGCAGCCCUCUCCACCAGGGCCUUCUGGCUGCCCCACAGGUGUGAACCUGAGCUGUUACCAGUGUUUCAAAGUGACCAGCCGGGCGCUGUGCACUCCCACCGUGUGCUACCCCACCCACCAGGUCUGCGUGUCCAACACGGUGGUCUUCCUCAGCAAAUCAAAGGUGACACUUUCUCUCAGCAAGCGCUGUGCUCCCAGGUGUCCCAACACCAACACGAAGUAUGAGUGGACACUGGGACCCAGGAUACUAGGCAGGAUCAUCAGGCAGUGCUGUUCUGGAUAUCUCUGCAACAGGGCACCCACCAUGCGAGAGGGUCCCUGGGCCCUUCGAAGGGCGGUUCUGAUUGCAGCGGACCUCCUCUGGGUCUUGCUGUGA